AUGGCUGAGACUCGGGAAACUGCCGAGGAGCUCAUGGCGAGAGGUCUGAAAGGGCGUGAACUGGCGUUUCAACUCGCAGGGAGGCAGUUCAAGACGAGCAAGGAAUCCGUCGAGGAGAAGAGAUUGGAGAAUAUCCAGAAUCGAAAGUCCAAGAAACAAGCGAGAGAGGAGAAUUCUGCUGGGCCUAACGCGAAUGGUCAAGAGGAUGAGACUCCCGAAGAGGAUCUCUGGCGAUUGCUAGGCGAAGACGAUGGCGGAGAGGAGUCGGACAGAGUUGCAACCAAAAACCUCGACCUCAUGUUGGAGAAGUGGGGGUCGAGGCUGAGGAUCAGGGCGACUGAUGACGAGAUCUACUACAGAUUGGUCGGAACCUAUCAAAGAAAUCCACGAAUCACGCCCAUUAUCUUCCACAUCCUUCAGACGACCGCCAAAUGCAGGGAGCGCGGCAUCACAACGAUCGACCUGGGACCUGCCGUUGGCGCAGGACAAGGCAGUCUGCACUACUACAUGAAGGUUCUUACGGGCUUAGGUCUAUGUGCCAAGAUCCCAACAAUAUCAUUCUCCGCCAUGACCAACAUCCUCAUAUUCCAUCGAUUUUUGAGACAGAACCCUACUUAUCAAGCCAUGAUGGGAUUCCCGGACGGAACAGCCGACGAGCAUCGCUCGAAGCAAAAGGUCGAAGAAGACGAGCUCGACCCAGAGCUGGAUGACGAUGCUGAAUUCUCCGAUCCUGAUGCUGUCGAUGCAGUCUCUAGCAAGCGGAUCUCCAUCGCCGAGUGGGGUUUCGAAUUCCCACCAUUGACAGAGCAGGAGGUGAUGGUCGGGACUGCUGUCAAGGAGAGGCUGCUUCAGAUACUGGAUUAUCCAAAACUGAAGAACCAUCUUCUGCAGAUAUAUGAUAUGCUGCCUGUUCUGGGCUGGAAUAGACCGAUGGCGCAGAGACACAAGCGCGCCUUCUCCAAACACGUCGACUCCCUCAUAUUUGCAAAUAUUGUCGAAAAGGUGACAAUCGCAGGUCGGAAGAGACCAUGUGUCCGCCUGACCAAAUACAAUCCAGCCUUCGUGUCUGGUGUACAAAAGGAUCCGAGCACCCUCGACGGCGCGGACCUGGACGAAGACUUGGUCGAUCCCAGCAUUGCGGAGCAGGACUUGAGGACAGCGUAUAACGAGCCAUUUGUCACAACGGGCCAGGCGUCUUUGGCGACACCCGUCGAAUACCAGAUCGUCAAAAUGAUUGUCGACUCUGGCACUGGAGGCAUGACAAUCUCAGACAUACGUGAUAAUCUUACGGGAUAUUAUCGGCGAUCCAUCGAACACAUUCAGAUCAGAACGGACGGAGCGAUCAUCCCUCCCCAUUUACGUCACAUGAGUUUGCAAUCCAGUAUGGAGACCCUGGGUCGAGAACGGCGCAUACGGUGCUACUCUACAGCAGCGCUGCGUGAAGUGAUCGUCUCCCAAGGUCACGUUCCGUCGGACAUUGAGCAUCCACCGGCCCCUCCCGAAGCCGGGCAUUGGCAAGAUCUGUCGUUCCGAGACAUGUACACUUCGAUCAGGGAAUUCAACACGAAGACAGACAAGUUCCUCGUUGGCCAGGCCAGGAUCUCCAAUUUCCCAGCAAAACACGGUCGACCUCGAACUGGACAGAUUGAGAAACAAGCGCCUGUGCGAAAGUCGAUAGAGUCGAGAAAGAGCUCAAUCACGGCGAAGCGCAAAGGUCGCUCGGACUCGCCUAUCGAAAAGGGCACGAAGAAGAGAACCAGCAAGAAAGCUAUGAAGUAUUCCAUAGUUGGACAGUCACGAGGGCGUCCCAGGAAGUACCUCCAUGUAGUGGAGCCAUCCGGCAAGAUCAACCGAAACAUUAUUGGCACCGUCUUCCCCCAUCCCGAUCUCGCCCCUAUCUAUGUCUACCUGCCAGAUCGGAAUCUACUGGUCGUCCCUCCGGCAUGGUACACUGGAAUUGGCCCUCCACCAGAACUCGACGUAGAGGCUUUAGCGAGUGGUAAAUCGCCCGGGUACUUUGACUCGUAUCCUGCCGAUAAGCCGAAGCAGAACAAGCGGAAGGGUAGAGAGAGGGAACCGAAGCUGAAGCGCAAGAAGGAUGACUCUGGUGCGAAGGAGGUGAAAGAGCCGAAGAAGUCAAUCCAGGGAAAAGAGUCAAACGAGGAGUUCCAAAAGGACUCGAAGAAGAGGAAGAAGGGGUUGGAUGGAGCGGAGGUGGCUACGCCCACCGCGGCUUCGAAACGCAAGAAGGUCAAGAAGGAUAAGGGGCACGGGAAUCGAACACUACCUGCUGCUGCUCAAGAGGCCGGUAAAGGUGACUGCCUUGCUGGGCCGUCUACAAUUUCAUUUCAGCAAUCGACUGAUAGUCAACAAGCGAUACUUGAGGAGCCAUCGAUCCUGGAUCAGGUGCAGAAUCCGACGGAAAAUGUCGUGGCAAACCAGGUUUUCCGAAAUAUCGACCCCUCGACGUUACGCGAUGGCACGCGUGAGACGAUCCCCGCUCUUAACGAGCCGGGCGUCACCGUUGACGCCCCGACGGCCGUGGACAGCAUUCGGACUUCGAAAACAGGUCCGACUACGGAACUGCGAGACCAGAAAUUAACACAGCCUGAACGAGCGAGUUCGCCUCCUCGGGUGACCGAUUCUGUAGCGGCGGGACGUCCACCUGUGCCUGUCGGCUUUGAAUCCGCCACAGGUCCGGUCUUCACAGAUCUCGCUGCUACAACUGAAGCAAGUCAGUCACCUAAAGCGAAGAAGCGUGGGAGACCACCGAAAUCAAAAGGAAAACAGCCUGAGGCACCCACACAGGAAGAAGCACAGGUAGACUCCCCGCAGCCAAUCCAAAACUCCAGCAGGAAGAAGACGAAGGGAGGAAAAAGCAUCAUCAUCAUUCCGGACGACAAUGAUCCCAUCAGUCCUGAGACCAAGCCCAGCGAGGCUGCGUUGUCUGGCUUGUCACGGCAACAAUCCGCAGCGACCCCCAAGCCUCGUUCUCCAUCUCCGAUGAUUGGGGCAGACUUUCCCGAAUCAAAGCCCUUCUUUACCUUUCCCACCAACUCGAACCCGAAAAUAUCGGCAUUCGUAUUGCCCGCGGUCGUAAGGUCGUACAAGCGCAAACUUGGGCGAUUGGCUGCUAAUUCGGGAUCCGAGUCUGACAUACAAGUGAACCACACUCCAGAUCCCGAUGUUGACCCCAUGCCCUCGGGGCAGACUGCUCAAUCUACACCGACGCCGCUUGCGAGGUUCUUGCCGAAAUCUCGUUUCGGUCCUGCUCAGCCUUCUGGCCUUGCGACUGGCAGUAGGGUUCAGCGAUCUGCUUCUGAGGACGCAGGACCGGUUGAAACAGGUAGACAAACGGAUGGCAUCGUUGCUGGUGAUGGGUCACGGGAGAUGAUGCCUAAGGCAUCGGAGAAUGUCAUCAGCUCCCGGAUCGAGCCGUCCGCUCCAGGCAUGACUGGGUCUAAAACGACUCAAACCAGCGCCGAUUCCAGCACGGUGCUGAAAUCAGCGAACCAAUCAGGAGACCCAGAUGAGAUACUUACCUCGUCAAUCGCAGCAACUGGCGUCAGUCCAGAUAUUUAUCCGGCUACGGAUUUGGGCGACGUCGCAACAUCGGCAGCUCCGGAACCAUCUUCACAUGGUGCCGCAACCGACUAUAACGCCGAGCGAACACAGCCAGCGUCUGACACUCUCGCACAAGUACAAUCUCAACCUAUCCCCGUGCAGACUGAGCAGAAGUACGUCGGUCCAUCGGUUCCAUACUUCACGCCCAAGUAUCACGAGAGUACCCCAUUGCGAGAAAUGACGCCAAGCAAUCCUGCUCCCGAAUCACGUAUAGCCGCACGGGGCCCGGUGAGGCUCGACAUCCAGCAGCUCAAACGGGCCAAUGAAAUCUGCGAAGCUUUAAGAGACGCUGGCGGCGUAUUGACGGAACAUAAAUUGCGCAAACAGCAUAACGAUUGGUCGAUACGAGUCGCCGGCACGAACGUCCCGUUUGCGCCUGCCAUUGGCUAUAACAUGGAUCGACACACGUUCAUACGUACUCUCGCCCAGGUAAAGAGUGACGGUCGUAUCAAGCAGACAUCCAGUAUGGUCGCGACUUCGACCGGUCGAUGGCAACCGAGCAGUAUCAUCUACUUACCCGAGACGCCGUGGGAUACGGUGGCUGCAUACAUUCGUGUGCAAAGUGAUGCAAUCUCUCAGAUUCUCACUCCUAAAAAGAAGACUCCUCGCGAGGUCGCAGACACCGAUUUCUCGAUCCUCCGCAAGCCAGAGGUAGCAUUGACAAAGGCGAAGAGGAGAAAACAUGGCUCCCGAACCACUUCGGCUUUGCAACCACAGUCACUCAAUUCGCCUUUGCAGUCGGAGCUGCGGUCAGACAUCUCCCCGACUGAACGACGAGAAACGCUGCUCCGCGAUCCCGAGAUUGUGUCCACACUUUACGGAUUCCAAGCGGCCCGGAACACAAGGUGUCGGAUCUUGCACGCUGCGCUUAUCCGGGCCAUGGACGACACGGAGUCGAAAUCUGUGCUAUCGACGUCGCCUCGAGUUUUUGCGUUGCCACUUCUAAUGGAGGAUCUGACCGUCUCUGAGUGGUUCUCCGUGGUGCGAAUCGGGACGUACAGCGAAGACCUGGAGACUUUCAUCAGAAAGGCUGAGAAUCAGGAUGUCAAGCUCCGCGAUUUGCCUGCGAGUCUCGGGUCAGCGGCGAAGCUGGCUGCUCACGGUGCACGGAACAAAUUCGGCACUCUCCUGGAUGGUUUAGUGGCACUCAAGAUCAUUGAACCACUGGUGGCGGCGGAUGAGUCGAAUUACUCUCUAGCCUGCAGUGACCGGCAAUUGGGUGGAAAGUCCUACUUCAAGGGUGUCGAUUCUGCCAUCAGUGCGACUUACUUUCGAAUCUUUGACGCUGUUCCGCUUUAUCACUUUGCAGCCGAUGUCAUGACCCUUUUGGCUGUGUUACCGAUAAAGGACGUCAAUGAGGCUGAGCAUUUUUGGUCCCUGCUCAAAGCAGCUUCGAUGAACGAAGAGGUCAGCCAACUCCCUCAAAUUCAAGGGAUUCAUUGCAUCGACCGCACAAACAUGGCGUCUUUCACAGAAGUCAGCGAUGUGAGCGAUAAGCAGCGACAAUACUUGCUACACCGUCCGCCUUGGAGAGUUGGUGCUCGACUGCACCCCGUGCAGGAAGAAGCACUCAAUAAUUGGGUCAAAGCGCAUCUCACGUCAUCAGAAUCUGACGAGCAAGAGCUCGCACAGUUGGCUGGGGAAUACGCAGUCCCUUUGUCCGCUGUGCGGCCUUACGUCGAUCAACGUCGUGAGAUACUGCAUUCGCGCCGGGUCCGACAGGAGAAGAAGGUCGCAACGGUCAAGGUUGCUCGUUUGUCAGCAAGAGAAAAACGAGAGAGAGAUCAAAUACGUGCAGCUGAGGAGCUCAAACAGAAGCUGGCUGAUAGGGCAGCCAAACAGAAAGCUGAGUGGCGCGAUCGAGUCAGAACAGCCUCCGAGCGAACCAAGACGCCAUUUAGCGAGGAGUUGGUCGAUUAUGUCGGCCGUUACAUGGUGCAAUCGUCGACCAUCAAGAUGACUGGCCGCGUCACGGACGAGGCGAUUUGUGAUGCUUGUCGAAGCUAUCUUCGCAUCAAGAACAUUGGUACUGCCGUUGGGCCAGGUCAAGCCAAGCCCGUGAAAGCACCUCGUUCACAAGCCCCAAAGGUCGAUAGAGAGUCGGCGGCAAAGAAAAAGAGGGAGGCUAAAGAAGUGGCAAAGAAGGCAGAGGAGAAGGUUCGCAGGGCUGUCCUCCUGUCAAAUCUGCCGAUUGUACCAGUGGCAGCCAACGUCCCAGAAGGUGCAGAAGGACCUCGACGUCGACGUCGGAAGGUGUGGACCGCAGAAGACGAGGAGGAUCUCCUUGAUUGCGAGGCUAUUCUUCGAGCUCGCUCUAAGGAAAUUGUCAACUCCAAAGGCCGAGCGGCCACGGAGCGCAUCAUUCACGGCGUUGGGCAUCAGACUCUCCUCACGAGGAUAAAGAGACAGAUGACGAUACCUGGUCGCAAAGCAUACUUUGAUCGUUUGGUUGAAGCUUGGUACGACAUCUGGAAACAGUACCGAGGAACACCGGAGCUUCCGGACGAGGAGCCAUACAGUAUCGUGGAUUUCGAUAUCCGAGCGCAUCUCGAUUUCUUCCGGAGUCAUAUUCACAAGCCUUCCAUACGCCUUGCUGCAGCUGCGAAUCCGAUCCGUAAGAAAAUGGACAAGAUCGUGGACUUGCCUCCGACCGUCGAUGAUGUCCUUACGACGUACCGCUUGAUUCCAAGGGAGAUUUCGCAACCAUCGACCGAAGCCUUCUGGAAUCCUCUCGGUGGCGAUGAUUUCAGGCUUACGACUUCCAUGAGAUCAUACCAUGGUGGCCGAAGGACAAAAGUGAUCUGCGGACGGGCAGACUCCGCUCCAUCAGCAAGUCAACCGUCAGCCCGAGCCCUCUUGGAAGAUUUUACCAGUGAAGAAGUGAUCGAUGUCAGCGAAGAAUUAUGCAACGAAAGGGUCUUCAGAAAGACUUCCAACCUGACUGAAAACCAAAGGCAAUUCGCUUUCACCAAAGACUGGCUUGCAAUCCGCGAUGGAAUUAUUCCGGCGCAAUUUUAUGAUGAGACGGCGAAGACCGUGGAGACUCUGCAAACGGUCGGAGCUGCUGUAGACUUCUCCUUGCUGGCUUCCGGAGGGGAAGUUGCCCCUCUUCUCGACGCCGUUUCUCAAGAUCAGGUUGAUUUCGAUUUCGACAUCAGUACGUUCCCAACCAUUUGGGAAGAAAAUGAGACGUACAACACCCGUCGCUUCAACGACAUUGAUUUCGAAUUCGACCUCAAGUUUUCGGCUCGUGUUCCCGUUUCAAAGCCUCAUCAGCCACAAUCUCCCGGCUGGUCAGAAGUCCGUCCACCAACUGCAUGGUCCGUCGAUCCGGCAUCGAUCGCUUUGCCUGAUGAGGUCCAAUUCGCGGUCCUCGAAGCCGUGAAUGAGGCAGGCGCAGAGGGUGUCUCUAUCCCUGAGCUACGGGCUCGAUUGUCAUAUGACCGAGACACUCUGAAGAAGGCGCUUGCACUCAUGGCAUUAGACGAACCGCCGACAAUCUUCUGGGCAGGCUAUGAUUGCCCUCGUCUGGUCACGUGGGCAUAUAGAGAUGAGUGGAAAGUCAAGUGCGAUCGAGCCAUCCAGAAGGAGGAUGGUCGAAUCGAAGUGGUCGAGGCUGGCGGUGCGGAGACACUGCCCAGAGUUUGGAUCGACAUCUAUGGUCAAAAAAUGGAGAAGGACUGGCAGGCAAUAUGCGCCAUGAUGACAUCUUUGAUCCAGACAAGGUCGGGAAUCUCAGAGGCGGCUUUGAGAGAAAAGACCUCAAUCGUCUUGGAUCGAUUGGAGGUCAAUGAUGUCUUGCAGUAUCUCUUGGCAAGAGGUACCUGCCGUCGAGGAGUCAUUACUGGUCAUACGGGUCUCCUUCCACCCGUGGAAGCGACAGACGAUGUGGAAGCCGUGCAGCAAGACAAUGCAUAUAAUGGCUACAGUAUAAUCAUAUUGCAUGUAUCAUCUCAUGUUAGAGAGACUUACGUAGUUGGAUCCAGUAUAGCGUCUCCAGUGUCUUCGAUCAAAGCGGGAUCCUCCUCUAGCCUUUCGACCAUCUCCGCUUUGACUCGCAUUUCUGGGGCAGCCACGUUCGCAUCCGUAGAUGGGAUAUACAUAUUGAGGCUAGUAUCUCCAUCCUGUCCCUCUGUGGAUCGUCAGCUGGCCCGCUUGUAG